AGAUAGAGCAAUAAAAAUAUUUACAGUGAGAUGCUGAACUCAAGAAUUUUGAGAAAACGUUGGGUUUUAGCCGUUAUAUUCUUGUUCUCAUUGGCCUAUUUCCUCAUCAACAUAUACAGACAGUCGGAGAAGCUCGUAUCGCAAGAAGAUUACAUCGACCGCAAGAGGUUACUGGUGCAGCCCGAUGCAAUCAAUUGGGAAGCAGUACAUUUUACACAAUCUAACAGUAGUAAAAGUUGCAGAAACUCAGUACAAGGGAAACAGCUUAUAGCCGAUGAGCGAGGUUAUGUAUGCAAUAGAGAAGAGGUAGACUCAGAAGGUUGUUGUCGUACCACAAUUCCAUCCACAAAACGCUACACAUGUGACUCUUGUACAAACACUGGGUGUUGUAGUAUAUAUGAACAUUGCAUCUCUUGCUGCUUGCAGCCAGAUAAGCAACCACUAUUACGUAAAAUCCUUAGUAAAACAGCCGACACAUUCCACAACCUGUUUGCCUCAGUGACGGACCACUUUGAACUCUGCCUCGCCAAAUGUAGAACAUCAUCACAGAGCGUUCAGCAUGAGAAUUCCUACAGAGAUCCUAAAGCAAAAUAUUGCUAUGGCGAUAAACCCCCAGACCUGCAGCCAGUUGCCAUACAAUAA